AUCAUUUAGUCAUCGCAGAAGUAAUAAUUAUUAAAAGUGGACUCAUCCACUCCGGACACCUGCUUCUGAAAUGAUCUCGGUUAAAUAUAUUAUGUCCCUUUAAGAGGAAGGAAAUUAAAGGGGGGGAAGUGAAGCAAGAAGGCACUACUUCCUCCUCGUAGCCCUCACAAUCAAAACAUUAUUCGUGCGCAAUGGGUGAGUCUGCAUCUUCCAAAGGACAUUGUGUAAUCUAACACUCGGUGCACAUUGUCGGGGAGCUCUCCGAGCAGCGUUUGUUGCAAAAUGCUUCAACUGAACGACACGGUGGAGCCGGAGAGCCCGGGUGCUGCUAUCAUCCACCCUGCAGAAACCGAGGAGGGGGUCGAGGUUGCCUUCACGCCGCCGGAGGCCGGACGAAGCCUCAGACACGGAGCCUCUGUGGCCUGCUGCCCCCCGCUGCAAACGCUAACGCCUUUUCAUGUGCAUAACCCCACAAUGCAAGCCAAAGUGAAGGACUAUUUCGUGUUUAGGCCAGGUACCAUUGAGCAGGCUGUGAGUGACAUCAGGACCGUGGCACUCCCUUCCGAGGAUGGAGAGGUGCUCAGCGUCUGGCUGCUGGCUGAAAUCGACCACUGGAACAAUGAGAGGGAGAGACUUGUGCUUAUUACUGAUAGGUCACUGCUGGUGUGCAAGUACGACUUCAUCAACCUGUUGUGUCAGCAGGUCGUCAGGAUCUCUCUCAACGCUGUAGACACCAUCUCAGUGGGCGAGUUUGAGUUCCCACCUAAAUCCCUUAACAAAAGAGAGGGCUACGGUAUUCGGGUCCAGUGGGACAAACGUCCUCGGGCCUCGUUCUUAAACCGCUGGAACCCCUGGUCUACAGACAUGCCCUACGCCACCCUCACAGAGCAUCCCAUGGCUCACGCUGAUGAGAAGGUGGCCUCUCUCUGCCAGUUGGACAACUUCAGGACCCAGCUGGUGCAGGCAGUGAAGAAAGCCCAUAAGGAGCACCCCAUCCCCGGUCGGGCUAACGGGGUCCUGAUCCUGGAGAGGCCCUUGCUCAUUGAGACCUAUCUGGGCAUCAUGUCCUUCAUCAACAACGAGGCCAAGUUAGGCUACUCCAUAACCCGCGGCAAGAUCGGUUUCUAAGAUCCACAGUUUGUCCAAAUUACAACAGAGUUCAACCCAUGUGUCUGUGUCACACUGCGCUGUCUGAGGGAAGCCGUCGCUCCAAUACAGUGUAAUGCGCAAUCUGUGUGUGUAAGUUGAGCCCAUGAGAUGUCCACACCUCCUUAAGUUGGUGUUGCAGACAAGUGGUCAGCCUACUGUAGGUAAAAGAUGCGCAGCACUGCAUGGACUGUCUACUCAUUUGUUUCAAGUGCCCCCGUUCCUUUCCUUCAAAGAGUUGCUCGCAGAUCUGUCAUACUUACAGUAAAUGGGCCCGCAAGAGAGUAUGCCCAAAAGCUAAAGAGAAAGGACACGGUACUACAUCAAUUCAUCAACUCUGUACUUAUUCUAAAUUGAGCUUCUUGUGGUCUCAUGCUUCUUGUUUAACCACUGAUUGACAGACUCAAAACGAAUGUGGAAUUUAGAUUUGGUAAUGGAAUGCAAAGAUUCAGGUUGUCGUUUCAGGGUUAAGGAUGUGCUUUGUUUGGGCUCGUUUCUGCAGCAAAAAAUGCCUCACAGAGGAGAGCAGCGAAAAAUGCAGUAAAAGCUAAACAUCAGCCAAGAGUGUGUUCCAUAUUUACUGCAUUAAUAUGGUUUGAAAUGAAGGCUUAUGCUAUUCAGAUCACAGGGCCAUAGGGUGACUGUACUGAAAGGAAUAGCAGCUGAUAACUUGAGUUCAACGGUCAUAUCACAUGAUUAUUGUAAUAAAUGUUACUAAUAGGGAAACUGUUACAGGAUCUGUACAGCGAUACUGAUGAGCUGAGGGCUCGGCUGUGUAACUUAUGGAAAAUAACAGCUGAAAUGCACUCUUCAGCAUCCGUGAAACUUGUUCAGUGGAGAUGAUUAAUUACAUGUUGUGACCUUCCUCUCUUAUUGGCUAAUGUGCUCUCCACACUUACAAUCACCCGUUUAUGUCUUUGCUCAGAGUAGGGAGUUAUCCUCU